UGACGUCCGUCUGUUGACCGUUGCUCCUGCUCAUCCUUUUUAAGAGCAGACAUGUGUUCACUCUGCAGCGGGAGGCCGAGCAUUCACAUCGUCAAGACUGUAGACACUGAUUGAACUUAGCCAGAGUUCUUCUGUCAGUUCUUAGAGAGAGAAGAAAAAAAAAAAACUUUUGCAGCCAUGACCACUUUUGACGACAUCUUGAAAGAGGCUGGGGAGUUCGGCCCUUUUCAGAAGCGUAUCUUCGCCAUGAUGUGCAUGGUGUCCAUGCCCUGGGCCGGUGUGUACGUCGGUAUCGUCUUCCAGGGUUUCACCCCCGAUCACUGGUGCCGGGACCCUGCGGUGGCGGAGAAGAGGCAGGCGUGCGGCUGGAGCCUGGACGAAAGUCGCAGUCUGACGGUGCCUCUGGUCCACAGCUCUGGGGGGCCGCAGCAGAGCAGCUGUGAGCAGUACGAGGUGGACUGGAACGCCACGGAGCUCACCUGCGAUACACAGGAACUGGACCUCAGCAAAACUCCCACAAGGGCAUGCAAAGGUGGCUGGGAGUACGACUACAAGGGCAGGAAAUCCUUCGUUACAGAGUUUGACCUGGUGUGCUCCGACGCAUGGCUGGUGGACAUGUUCCAGGCCACUCUCAACAUCGGCUUCCUGAUUGGGAGCAUCGCAACUGGCUACCUGGCCGACAGAUUUGGCAGGAAAAUUAGCUUCUUGAUGUCCAACCUGCUGAAUGGGAUCGCAGGAAUCCUGGUGGCCGUGGCUCCAAACUACGUGGCUUUACUGGUUUUCAGAACGCUCUACGGGUUCGGAGUGAAAGGGGGCUGGGUGGUCGGAUACGUGCUGAUCACAGAGCUCGUGGGGGUGGAGUACAGACGCACAGUGGGAGUCAUUUACCAGAUGUUCUUCAGUGUCGGCAUCCUCAUCCUCCCUCUGCUGGCCUACUUCAUCACCGACUGGCGCUGGCUGCAGGUCGUCAUCACCGUCCCCUACAUCCUCUUCCUGUCCUACUACUGGUUCAUCCCAGAAUCUCCGAGAUGGCUUCUCUCGCAGAACAAAAAGUCCAAAGCGGUGGAGAUCACUGAGGCCAUGGCCAAAGAGAACAAGAUGACCUUGUCCAAGAACAUCAAGAAUCUGACAGAUGAAAACUCGAACUCCUGCACUGCCUCCUUCAUGGACCUGAUUAGAACUCCAAAAAUGAGAAAACACACUUUAAUUCUCAGCUUCAACUGGUUCACCAGCGCUGUGGUCUACCAGGGUUUGAUCAUGAGGCUGGGCAUUCUGGGAGGAAACGUCUACAUCGACUUCCUCAUCUCCGGCCUGGUGGAGUUCCCUGCUGCCUUCCUCAUCCUCUUCACCAUCGAACGUGUGGGCAGGCGCAUCCCCUUCGCCUCCGCCAACAUCGUAGCCGGAGCCGCCUGCUUCAUCACCGCCUUCAUCCCUGACCACAUGUUCUGGUUUAAGACGGUGGUGGCCUGCAUCGGCCGGCUGGGCAUCACCAUGACCUUCGAGAUGGUGGUGUUUGUUAACACCGAGCUCUACCCGACAUACAUCAGGAAUCUCGGCGUGUCAGUCUGUUCCACUCUGUGUGACGUCGGAGGCAUCGUAGCUCCCUUCUUGCUCUACAGACUCGCGGUCAUCUGGCUGGAGCUGCCGCUCAUCAUCUUUGGGUCUCUGGCUUUCGUGGCCGGUGGUUUGGUGCUGCUGCUUCCUGAGACCAGAGGUGUGCCGCUGCCCGAGACCAUCAAUGACAUCGAGUUCCCAGAACGAAUGAAGGAGAAUGCUGCACUGAAGGAACAGCAGUUGAACAACUUGCUGCUCCACGUGUCAACCAACAAAGACCCAGCAACUGUUUAAUCUGCAAAGUAUUUAUUUAUUCUCUGUUCAUUCCUUUGAAAGUUGCCCAGUGGGACAUUAAACCCCAAAAGCUUUUACUUCCAGGUUAGUACAUUUCCUGAAACCAUGGUCCCAUGGAGCAAGCACACUAGCCGUUUCCUUUAACCCCACCUCCUAGGUCCUCAGUCCAGCCUCUUUUUUGGGCUCAUACAGGAAAAUAACUGUGGAUUUGGCUAUUGCAUUUUACAACUUUUGGGACCCAACGAUUUAAAGAUGGGCUGUUAAAGUGUUGAUACUGAGGAGUUGAUUUGACACCAAAAGAAAAAUAAGAAUCUUACUGAUACCUCUUUCCCAAAAUAAGUCUUUGGGCAAAUGUAUUUUUGGGACGAACGGCAUCAUGUGACAAACCAGGAGAAUCUAAUUCCCUGGUUUGUCCACUACGUCAAAGUUGCUUUAUAGCUCGGCACUCUCCCUGGGGUACUUGGUCCGGUCAGUAACUGUGUUACUGUGAUCUGUGUGUGUUUGUGUUUGUGUUUGUGUUUGGGGGGGAGGGGGUGCAUAUGUAUAGUAUAGUGGAGAUGAUGCAGUAGGUUUUACUUUGUGUUGUGAUGUUAAGUUUUCUAUGCCAUGGGAUUGCAGAUUGAAAUGAGCUAAUAUCUAAAUCUAGCACAAAACUUCUCUUCUCUCUCUUGAGAUUAAUGUAUUUGUGUACAUGGUCCCUAAUGUAAAUAAAGUUAAUU